ACGGAGACGUCACAGGAAUGGUGGACAGCCGUAGCGUACGGAGCGGCAUGACAACUGUGAGAAAUUUACGAGCUAAAGAGACAGUUUUACGACACCACUGAAGCCUUAUACUGAUGGACAACAAAAGAAGUCAUGAUGAGAGAUAUUGAUUCAAGAGAAAGGGUUCAAGAUGACACAUGCUCUUAGGUGUGAAGGGACACAAAAUGAGGAAGAGGAGGACGACGAGGAGGUGAGCCCUAUUAGAUCCAGUUUCUCCGUGGAGGACCUGCUCGAUGAGGUGGAGAAGAUCAGCAGUGUCGCCAGCAGCGGCAAAAAGGUGGAGAUUGUAGUGAGACUGUGGAAAAAUGGUUUCACGGUAAACGAUGAAGAUUUACGCAGUUACACUCUAGAAGAAAACCAAGAGUUCUUGGAGGCCAUUAAAAGAGGUGAGCUGCCUCUGGAGCUUGAAGGAAGAGCUGAGGAUGAAGAACUAGAAGUCAACGUGGAGGACAUGAAAGAUGAAGCUUAUGUCCCAAAGAAAAAGACCUUUCACCCGUUUACAGGCCGAGGUUACAGACUGGGAAGCGUGGCUCCGCAACUGAUGGCCAGGUCUCGGUCGAUACAUGAGGACUGUUCUGGUCCUCCUCUCCCAGCUGUGGAGCUGAAUGAGGACCUCCCUGUGACCUCCCUCCAGAUUUGGCUGGCAGACGGUCAGCGUCUCGUGCAGAGGUUUAAUCUGUGCCAUCGGAUCAGUGAUGUGCAGCGUUUUGUGGAGCAGGCUCAGAGAACGGACGCUCCUUUCAUCCUGACUACAUCCCUGCCGUUCCGAGAGCUGAGAGAUGAGGGUCAGAGUUUAAAGGAAGCUGAUUUAGCAAAUGCUGUCAUCGUUCAGAGGCCUCUCAACACACAAGCUCCUUUUGGUCACUCCUGACUGUUCCUGCUUGCACCAGAGACUCAGAUUUAUUGAUCCCACACGUUUGAGAGACAGUUCAUUAAUCCUUCUCUCUUAAAGGAGUAGAUCACCUAAAAAUGAAAAUUUACUCACCCUCAGGCCAUCCAAGACGUAGAUGUGAGUUUGUUUCU